AGCACUUUUCAAGGCAUUUGCACGAUUUGUACGUUGAUGCAACACCAUUGUAAAAUGGGAAAGAUGGAGAAUAUCUUGCUGCUACUUCUGAUGUUAACCUGUUGCGUUGAGCAUUCGAAUGGACAAAUAAAAACUGCUAAGGAGUUCAUUGAUUGGUACAAUGCUAACAUAGGCGAACUUUCAUAUGAUUCCGGUAAUUUGGCGUUUAUAAAAGCUACCAAUUUAACUGACUACAACACCAAGCAAUCAGAAAAGGCGUCUGUGGAGAAUUCAAAACUAUACUCACUAAUACGUCAAAAUGCGUCGACGUAUAGUUUGGAUGGAGUUGAUGCCGAUACCAAACGUCAAUACAAACUUUUGUUAAUGACAAGAACGUCAAAGAAUGAAAGCAUCGUCAAAAAAAUUAGUGAAAUUGGUGGUAAAAUGGAAACACUUUACAGCACUGGUAAAGUAACUUACGAUAAAAACAUAAUCAAAAGCAUAACUAAGAACACUACUACCAUGACAUUGGGAGACUUGGUUAACAUUAUGAAGACUUCUAACGAUUCUAAAGAACUUUUGUAUGUUUGGAAGGGAUGGCGAGACACACUUGCAAACAAAUUAAAAGGUUUAUAUAAAGAGUAUGUUCAUCUCAACAACAUUGGUGCAGUGGAAAAUCAUUAUGAAGAUGCUGGCGACUACAAACGCAAAAUAUACGAAGUAAAUAAUUUAAAAGAAGUGGCAGAAGAAUUUUGGAAAGAAUUGAAACCAUUUUAUCAAGAAGUGCAUGCUUAUGUUCGACAUCGUUUGACACAUGUAUACCCAGAUUUAGUAAAAGACACCGAACCUAUUCCAGCUCAUUUAUUGGGUAAUAUGUGGGCACAGUCAUGGGAUAACGUUUACAAACAUGUAAUUCCCUUUAGAGAGGAACCAAAACUCGAUGUAACACCAGCCUUAAAGAAGAAUUACACUGUCAAACAAAUGUUUGAAAAGGCUGAAGAAUUCUUUGUUUCAAUUGGAUGGCCAAAAUUACCAGCUGGAUUUUGGAAAAAAACAUUAUUUGUAAAACCUAAGGAUAGAGAAGUUGUUUGUCAUGCGUCAGCCUGGGACUUUGGAGUAAACACGACCGAUGGACCAGAUGUGCGAGUGAAAAUGUGUACAGAGAAAGAUCAAGACAAUUUCAUAACAAUUCAUCACGAACUUGGUCACAUUUACUACUAUCUGUUAUACUGGAAUCAGCCGUCUGAAUACAGAACUGGAGCUAACCCUGGCUUUCAUGAAGCAGUUGGUGAUACCAUUGUUUUGUCUGUUCAAACGCCAAAACAUUUAAAGGAAAUUGGACUCAUUGACAGUGUCUCCACUACGAACGAAGCUGAUAUAAACUUCUUGCUAAAAACAGCAAUGGAAAGAAUUGCUUUCUUGCCUUUUGGCUAUCUAAUGGAUCAAUGGAUGUGGGGAGUUUAUAGUGGAGAUAUUAAACCUGAAGAAUACAACAAGAAAUGGUGGGAAAUGAGAUUAAAAUAUCAAGGUAUAAAACCACCUGUGAAUAGAACAGAAAAUGAUUUCGAUCCAGGUGCAAAGUAUCACAUCCCAGCAGACACACCCUACAUCAGAUAUUUCUUCGCUCACAUUUUACAAUUCACAUUUCACAAACAUGCCUGUAGACAUGCAAAUGUAAAGGGACCAUUACAUAAAUGUUCUAUUUAUAACUCCACAGAGGCUGGGAAGGCACUCGGAGACAUGUUGAGACUUGGGAAGAAAAAGCCAUGGCCUGAAGCACUGAAACAAUUUACUGGCUCAGACAAACUUUCUGCUGCACCAAUCAACGAAUACUUUAAACCGCUUAUUGAUUGGUUGAAAAAAGAACGCGCUGAGAAGAAAUAUAAAUUGGGCUGGGAUAAAGAAAAGAAAAACAACACGAGCUUCGGUCAAAAUGUUUAUUCAUCUUUAUUUUUGACAAUUGCUGGCCUCAUCUUAGUUUUUGGAGUACUUCACUGAACUUAAAUUGUUUUUUCUUUCCUAAUACAUAAAAUUUCUAAUGACAAAAUUUUGAUUUUUGUAUUAAAAUGUAUUUUUAAUUAUAUGAAAAAAUAUUCAAUAGUUGUAUAUUUUUAUUUUUAUUUUCGAAUUUGAAAAAAACGGGUACGGUUUA